UGGACUGUAGAGUUGGAUGCUGUAGUCGAUGCUGACGGACUGAUAUCAUCCUGUCUGUCGCGCUUAUUUCUGCGCAUUUUGAGCUGGACUAUAACAGGGAAAAGACUGGAAAUACACUAACGUUACUGGAAGUUAAUGCGGCACGCGACAACUUAUGGGAAGAUGGAUAUAAUCUAACAAAAUUUACUGAAACGACAUUUCAUUUUGGGGUUUUAUUCUGCAGUUUUUUUUUGGCCACAGGCUGGAUCUCUAUCAGUCCAAAGCGAGAACUGAUGAGGGUCUUGUAAGAAGCAUUGUGGAUGAAGAGAGUGACGUUGCGAGAAAGAAGGCCGAUUAUGGAUCCAUUACAGAACGACGGGACAUUGAAGUGGAGGAUAUUGGUGAUCCUCUAUGUCGCACUUGAAAUCACGACUGCCCGCACAUCCAUGGUGCCAGGAACAUUGCAGCUUCAGUUGGAUGAGGAGCAGCCAGCAGGUACUGUUGUAGGUGACAUCAGCGCCGGCCUACCACCUGGAAUGACUGCGGCCCAUUACUUCAUCUCAGAUCAUCAAAGUACGGGUGUCGGCACGGAUCUAGACAUCGACGAGAGUACGGGCAUCAUAAAAACUGCCAGAGUCUUGGAUCGGGAAGUGCGGGACCAGUACAGCUUCAUCGCUGUCACCAUGACUGGAAUAACAGUUGAAGUCACCAUCUUAGUUAAUGACAUUAAUGAUCACGCACCAGUGUUUCCCAAAAAAAGAGCCACUUUUAAAAUCUCUGAACAGACGACUAAAGGCACUAAGUUUCCUCUUGAGCCUGCCGUGGAUGCUGAUGAGGACCAGCUAACCACGCAAGGCUACAUUAUUACGGAUGGAAACGUAGGACAGGCUUUUCUUUUGGAAACUAGACGGGGAUCCAACAAAGUGCUGUAUUUGGAUCUGGUGGUCAAUACAGUUUUGGACAGAGAGACGAGAUCUGCGUAUACCUUGCUCUUGGAAGCGUUUGAUGGUGGUUCACCCAAGAGGACAGAUCAGAUGAUCCUGGAUGUGAUUGUACAAGACAUCAAUGACAACGCCCCCAUCUUCAACCAGAGUCGCUAUCAUGCGAUGAUCUCUGAGAAUCUUCAACCUGGGAACAAUAUACUGCAGGUGUUCGCUUCGGAUGCUGAUGAGGGUGAAAAUGGCUUGGUGCUGUAUGACAUCAAUAGAAGACAGAGCGACCCGGAGCGUUACUUUGUCAUUGACUCUCGCAGUGGAGUUAUCACGCUCAGCAAACCUUUGGAUUAUGAGAUGAGAAGAGUCCAUGAGCUUGUGAUACAGGCACGAGACAAUGCCACUCAGCCCGAGGUAACCAAUGCAUUUGUGACCAUCCAUGUUCGAGACUACAACGACAACCAGCCCACAAUGACCAUCAUCUUCCUCAGCGAAGACGGUUCUCCGCGCAUUUCAGAAGGAGCGCAGCCUGGCCAGUAUGUUGCCAGGAUUUCCGUCACAGAUCCCGAUUACGGUGAAUACGCCAACGUCAACGUAUCUUUGGAGGGGGGAGACGGGAAGUUUGCCCUGACAACAAAAGACAACAUCAUAUAUCUCAUCUGCGUAGACAAGAUCCUUGAUCGUGAAGUGCAGGACCAAUACGAACUCCGAGUCAUGGCAACAGAUUCUGGUACCCCUCCUUUACGUGCAGAGUCCUCGUUCACCAUUCAGGUCACAGACGUCAAUGAUAACCCACCUAUGUUUGACCAGCAUGAGUACACUCAGGUCAUUUCAGAGGUGGCCCUUCCUGGAAGUUUUGUACUACAGGUAACAGCUCGGGAUAAAGACCAAGGACCCAAUGGAGAUGUUCAGUACAGCAUCCUACACAAUGAGAGAAGUCAUUCAGACUGGUUCAACGUGGAUACGGUCACUGGCUUUAUCACCACCCAGACUCAAUUAGAUUACGAGACGGACCCUAUGCCAAGUAUAACUGUGGUAGCCACUGACAGGGGUCGACCGCCAUUGUCCUCUACAGCUGUGGUCAAAGUGAUCCUACAGGAUAUAAAUGAUAACGAACCUGCUUUUAGCACCAAAUUCUACAAUACAUCCAUUAAGGAGAAUACGGCAGUUGGGACCUGCUUUACAAAGGUGUCAGCCACUGAUGCAGAUGGUGGGUCCUUUGGCUCCAUCUCCUACUCUCUGGGCUCUGGUCCAGGCACCGUUACUCCGUCUCAGUUCACUGUUGACAAAGACAAUGGGCAGAUCUGUACUACCACCAGCUUGGACCGUGACCAAGGUCCAGCCAGCUACGACUUUGCUGUCACAGCAGUGGAUGGGGGAGGACUGAGUUCAGUUGCCUAUGUACGGGUGGACCUGAUAGACGUAAAUGACAAUCGACCAGCAUUCUACCCUCUCAGCUAUGCGGUCAGCUUGAGCACGCAGAGCACGCCGGGAACCUCCGUCCUGAGGGUGACUGCUCACGACCCAGACGCCGGAGAGAACGGCAGGGUUACGUACCGUAUGCCGGCUGGUGGGAGCUCACCUUUCUUUACCCUUAACAAGGAUACCGGCGUGAUCUCACUGUCGCGUGCUCUACAUGGAAAGGCAAACUCAGUCAUCACUAUGUUGAUCUCAGCACAAGAUGGUGGUGGUCUUACCGCUCCAGCCAAUGCCAGGGUCAACAUCAGCAUCGUGGCAGGACUGGUCGCACCUCCUGUAUUCGAGCAAGCUCAGUACUUCUUUGUGGUCGCUGAGGACGCCCUGCGUGGAACACAAGUUGGCAUUGUGCGGGCCAGCACUAAGAACGGUGUCUCGAAGGAUAUCUCCUACACUAUAAGCUCGGGUGACUCGACUGGCUAUUUCACAGUGGAUUCUGAGACGGGUGCUUUGAGGACAAGCUUGCCUUUGGAUCAUGAGGCCCAACCGAGCUUAAAUCUGGAGGUUCAGGCGCACUGCGGUAACCCACCGGCCUUUGGCCAGACUAGGGUACGCAUUACAGUGGUGGACAUCAACGACAACGCACCGUUCUUUUUGCCCUCUUCAUCCGAGUCAUUGAUUCUCCCUGAAAACACCAGGAUGGGUACAGUGGUGUACAAAGUGCUAGCCGAAGACCUUGACUCUGGAUCAAAUGGUCUUUUGAGUUUUGACCUGUUUACCAGCAGUGCCCAGAGAACAUUCAGCAUUGAUCGUAACAGCGGAUAUAUCCGUCUAAUCAGGAGUUUGUCAUAUGACACCAUGCCUCGCUACGACCUGCAGGUCAUUGCAAAAGACAGUGGAGCUCCUCAGCUGAGCUCUACCUUCACGCUGGUCGUCCAUGUACAGGCUGAGAACAACCAAGGACCUGUGUUUGACAGCCUAACGUAUAGAGUAGAGCUAAAGGAAAGCACACCGCUCAACACUCGUUUCCUGCAGGUGCGAGCUGUGAACAGAGAUGGCAGCGUUAUCAACGGAGUGCCGUCUACAUCAUCUGCUCCGCUAGCAUACCACUUGCAUCCAGACGGCGACGCUGCAGGGUUUGGCAUUGUGUCUGAUAGCGGCUGGCUGUUUGUGAAAAGCUCCCUAGACAGAGAAGCCAAAGAAAUGUACCUUCUCACAGUGCUGGCUUCAUCAGGCUUCGGGCAAAUGAAGAAGACGGGUAGCGCCACUGUGCGUGUGUCCGUAAUGGAUGAAAAUGACAACUCACCGCGGUUUACCCAGGACAGGGCGUUCUUGGCAGUGCACGAGAACCUGCCGGCAGGGACUGGUUUCGGGAGGGUGUCUGCCAGCGACAGAGACGCUGGUCUUAACGGUCGACUGAGCUACCGCCUGGUCCAUCUGGAUCGCCACUUCCAGAUCAACUCUCACACAGGGGAGAUAAGUACAAGACUAUCCCUUGAUCGUGAACUUCAGUCCAGCUACCAGCUCAUAGUAGUGGCUCAGGAUGGUGGAACCCCCCCACGCAGCUCCACCAGCACCGCUUUCAUCACAGUCCUGGAUGAAAACGAUAAUGCCCCCUCCUUCAUCCACGCUCAGACAGGAAGUGAGCUCUUACUGCAGGUGUUGGAAGGUCAGUCACCUGGAUUUCUGCUGGGUACCAUUCAUGCCAAAGAUCCGGAUGAGGGGGAAAAUGGAACUAUCUUUUACUCCAUGUCUGGUCCCAGAGCAGAACGUUUCUCUCUAAAUCCAAACACCGGAGAGCUGCGGUCUUCCUCCCCACUGAGCCACUCUGAUCGACCCGAGUACACCUUCAUCGUUCUGGCUUCCGAUCGAGGUUCACCACCUCAGAGCUCAACCACAGCAUUGAGAAUACAGGUUCUCAGCUCAAGUAAAGGCUCGCCCUCUGCAAAUUCCCAAUCAUUAACCUUAAAUUCUGUGGAGGGAGCCAAACCCGGCUCUGUCGUGGGUUCUGUACGUUCCCCUGAUUCUCAGACCCUUCCUGGAUCCCGGAUCAUAUAUACCGUGGUUGGGAGCACUGACCGCGAUGGAACCUUUGUAGUAGACCGCGAGACAGGCGAUGUUUAUCUGGCACGCGAGCUUGACUUCGAAAAGGCACCGCGGUACACCCUUCAAGUUGAGGUGGAUGACUUCUCCAUGCCGCUUCCUAAAAGUCACUUCGUUACGUUAAUUAUUGACGUACAAGACAGCAACGAUCACGCUCCACAGUUUCCACAAGACCCCGUUACCAUAGUCGUCCCCGAGAACAUGGAGCCCGGGUCCUCUAUCUACACCUUUCACGCCAUAGAUAAAGACGGAAGCGGACCUAACAGCGAAAUACACUACUCGAUCCUGCAACAGUGGCCGGACAGCCCAGACCUUCUGUUUUUGGAUCCCACCACAGGGGUUUUGUCUUUGGGGAUGAUGUUAGACCAUGAGAGAGCGGCAUCCCUUCUAUUGGUGGUUCAAGCGACUGAUUCAGCUCCUGAUGUGAGUCAGCGGCGGCGUGGGACGGUCACCGCUCGUAUCUUUGUCACCGAUGUGAACGACAAUGAGCCUGUUUUCAUCUCACCGUCAGUGGUUAGUGUUAUGGAAGAUCAACCUGUAGGAUUUGUCGUGGUCUACGUCAUGGCUGUAGAUGCAGACCAGGGUGAGAACGGACGGGUGUCGUACCGUAUUCAAAAUGGCAACACGGGAGGGAAGUUCAGCCUUAACCCCGAUACAGGGUCUUUGUCGAUUCUUAGGCCAAUUGACCGUGAAGAGCAAGACCUCUAUAACCUGACCAUAGUGGCAGAAGAUCACGGUUCACAGCAGCACUCCAGCACACAGUUACUGUCAAUCCAGGUGAUUGACGUAAAUGAUGAAGCUCCGUAUUUCGAGGAAAGUGAAUAUGAAGCUUUUAUUGCAGAGAAUCAGCCUGCAGGAACCACAGUGCUGGUGGUUUCAGCUUCUGACUUGGACCAAGGGACCAAUGGAGACAUAACAUACGACAGCAUUGUGGGGGAUGAAUUUGCCAUCCAUCCGGUGACAGGAGUCAUAACAACCGCCAAAGCUUUGGAUAGAGAGGUCCAAGGAGUUUAUGCCGUGACAGUUUAUGUCAGAGAUGGUGGUUCUCCGCCCAAUUUCGCCAAGACCACAGUGCGUGUGACCGUGCUGGAUGAGAAUGACAAUAGGCCGGCCUUUGGCAGGUUGUACUACAGUCUGGAAGUGCCUGAGAACCAGGAGCCUGUGACACUUUUCACCAUUAGAGCCACAGAUCAAGACUCAGGGGACAAUGGGGUGCUGCACUACAAAAUCACAGAGGGCGACCGUUUUGGUGAUUUCCAAUUGGACAAGACAUCAGGUGUGCUGUCCACAUCCAGGCCUUUGGACAGAGAGUCCAAAGCAAGAUACACCCUCACUGUGGAGGCACAAGAUCAGGGCACGCCAUCUCUCACAAGCACCGUCACUUUGGACAUCAAUGUGUUGGAUCUGAAUGACAACAGCCCAGUGUUUCCUAGCAGCAGUUACUCUGUAGAGAUAUCCGAGGACGCCCCAGAAGGUUCUCUGGUUCUGAAGGUAUCAGCUUCAGAUCAGGAUGAGGGUUCCAACAGCCAGCUUGUAUACUUCCUGAACCAGGAGUCCAAAGGUAUGUUCAUCGUGGACCAACACACAGGUCGGAUCAGUACAGCAGCAGUCCUCGACAGAGAAAAAGUCUCCUCCUACAGCUUCAGAGUCUAUGCCAUGGACUCCUCAGCCGCCAACCCCCAUAACACCAGUGCUCAGGUGACCGUCCACAUCUUGGAUGUAAAUGACAACGCCCCCUUCUUUAUUACAGACCCACUGAUCAUAAACGUCUCAAGCAGUAGUGUCUCCAACCAUAAGGUUCUGGCUACUAUGAGAGCCGAAGAUAAGGACUUUGGUGCAAACGGUUCAGUGUUUUAUCGGUUUGCUAACCCGGUCAAAGGGUUCACCAUAAACUCCUUGACAGGAGCCAUCCAGGCCACCGAGAAGCUCCAUGCACUAACCCAGAGCCAACGGACCCUCAUUGUGGAGGCAAUGGACCAGGGAAACCCAUCCCAGUCGUCUCUGGGAGUUGUGGUCGUGUACAUCAGAGAACAGAGUUAUCAAGGUGUUCGUUUUUCUCGCAACACCAGGGAUGUUAGCCUGCAGGAAAACGCUGCCAAAGGUACAGCAGUCGUUCAGAUACAGGCUCACUAUCCUGAUGGUUCUACAAGUGGCAUCAACUACAGCAUUUUCAGUGGCAACAAGCAGAGGUCCUUCACUAUCAGUCCUCACACCGGUGAGAUUUGGGUAGAGAGCUCCACAGGUCUGGACUUUGAGGAGACCCCUCGACUCCGCCUGGUGGUCAAAGCCGAAACUGCGUCUUCCAGCUCCUUCAUGGCAGUCAACCUUCUCCUGCAGGAUGUCAAUGACAAUCUUCCACGCUUUCAGCUACACAAUUACUUUGCUUACGUUCGUGAGGCCCAGGGCUAUGAUCACCCUAUUAUUCAGGUGCUGGCUGAUGACCUGGACCAGGGUCAGAAUGGGCAGGUGACCUAUUCCAUAAGGUCAUCGUCCAUGAGCAACCUCUUCAAGAUCGAUUCGGUUACAGGCAGUAUAUCCACCGCUGCCAUCAUGGACAGAGAGAUCUGGACACAAACCAACUUGGUUAUUAUGGCAACAGACAGAGGCACACCUCGGUUGGCCGGCUCUGCUACCCUCACUGUGAUUAUAGUAGACCUGAAUGACAACAGUCCCACCAUCCCCGUUCCACGAGAAGUACGAAUCCCUGAGAAUACUUUGAUUGGAACUGUGAUCACCCAGGUCACAGGGAAUGAUGUGGAUUCUGGGCCAGCCCUUUCCUAUUCACUUCUCCUGGACUCGGACUCUCAGGGAAGAUUUGGAAUACAUCGCUAUGGAGGAGGAGUGUCCUUGACCGAACCUCUGGACUUUGAAGAGAGAACUUGGUACACGUUGACCGUUAGCUCCUCGGACUCCAAGCAACAAAGUCAGGCAAAUCUGACCGUGCUUGUGGAGGAUGUCAAUGAUAACGCUCCAGUCUUCUCUCAGGAUCUUUAUGAGGUUACUCUAGCAGAACACUCACCAGCAGAAAGCUCGGUCAUCACAGUUACUGCUACAGAUAAAGACUCUGGAGAAAAUGGAAAGAUAACAUACAGGGUUGUUUCAACAAAGGACAUGUUCUACAUCGACCCAAACAAUGGUACUCUUUUUGUCAAGCGGAAGGUUACAUUUGACCCACAGCAUCCUUCCAUUUUGGUGGUGAUUGAAGCCAGUGAUAGUGGAACACCUUCACUAUCCGCCCUAGCUGCUGUUCAGAUCCAUAUAUCAGAUGUCAAUGACAAUGCCCCUGUUUUCCAUCAAACCGAGUAUAAAGCCUCCGUCUCGGAAGAUGAAGUUCCUGGUUCAACCAUUCUUACCUUGGAAGCGGUGGAUGUGGACUUAUUUAGGGACAACUGUGGCUUUGAUUUUGCCAUCGCCAGUGGAAACAUCGGCAACGUCUUCCAAAUAGAGAGCAGCGUCCGUUUUCUCGAAGGCCAUGGAUUUCAGACAGUCGGAAUGCUGAUCUUAGUCGACAAGCUUGACUUUGAGACUGUGAAUACCUACAAUCUCACUGUAGUUGUAUCAGACCGUGGCAUCCCGCAACGAAGCUCCAGUGUUCCAGUGCUGAUCACUGUAAUAGACACCAAUGAUAACCCACCAGCCUUUAGCAGGGCAGAAUACAACAUUGUCGUCAAUGAAGGGGUAGAAAAAGGAACUGAGAUACUACAACUUUCUGCACUAGAUCCGGACUCAACACCUAAUGGAGAGGUUGAAUAUUUUAUCAGUUCUGGAGACGAGUCUGAGCUUUUCUCUGUAGAUCGGUGGAAUGGGUCACUUCGUUUGAGAAGGUCUCUAGAUAGUGACCAUCAGUCAUCGCAUUUGCUCAUCAUUCAGGCCUCAAAUGGUGUAGGUCACUUUGCUCUUGUUCCUGUAACUGUGGAGGUGAAGGACAUCAAUAACAACCGGCCUUACUUCCCUCUUAAAACACUCACAGCAAGCAUUCGUGAAAACCAGCCACAGAAUGCUCUCGUCACCAUUUUACAUGCCAUUGAUCACGACAACGGAGCAUAUGGCAAGCUGACAUAUUCUAUGUAUUCAGGCAAUGGUACAGAUUUCUUCAUAGUUAACCAAACCUCAGGAGAAGUGCGAACCCGCAUUUCAUUCGACUUCGAGAAGGACAGCAAGUUAAAUUUUACUGCUUUGGCUAAGGAUGCAGGAAACUUCUCGGCUACAGUUACAGUUCAGGUUUUUGUGAUGGGUGAAGAUGAGUAUGACCCAGUUUUUACCCACUCAGACUUUGACUUUCGUGUACCCGAGGGGGCAAAGAAAGGACAAAGCAUUGGACAGGUAAAUGCUAAAGAUGAGGAUGGAGGCCUGGAUGGCAUUGUUCUUUACACUCUUGCAAACAGUUCACCGUACUUUGAGGUCAACACAACUACUGGAGUGAUAUCUCUAAAGAUGGAUGCCUAUCAUCGACAUAUAAGCCGAUCCAAGCGAGAGACGCGCCAGAUGACGUUGGAUGUUAUUGCCCACAGUCCUCUGGAAAACUCACGCAAAGCUUCUGCCCAGAUCACAAUUGAUGUUACUCAUACAUCAUUUGGCUUAUCCACAGACAUGAAUGUAGUGCUUGCCAGUGCUAUAGCAGCUUCUUUAGUAGCCAUUGUGGUGUUGAUUAUCAUUGUUGUGGUGAUAAUCCUUUUGAGAUCCAAAAGGUACAAAGAACAAGAGACUUGUACGAGAAUAGUCACCCAUGGUACUGUUCUAGAGAGUCUUGAGGAACCCAAAGUUCCAGGUAGUGAAAAGCUCUACCAUCAGACCCUUCCUGGGUAUGCAGCAGACCAAUCCGGGACUGGGGGGGCUUCCUAUACACGAGGUGGGUCGCUCGAUCCGUCCCACUCCAGUGGACGUGGCUCCGCAGAAGCAGAGGCAGCGGAAGAUGAUGAGAUUCGGAUGAUCAAUGAAUAUCCACGAGUUUCCAGCAUCUCCUCCUCCAUGCAGGAACACAUAUCCGCUCGUGGGCCUGACUCUGGUAUCCAACAAGAUGCUGAUCAGCUCUCUGAUAUUUCUUGUGAGCCAGGAAUGGAUGCGAAUCAUUGGUUUAAAGGGAAGAAGGUGGGUAGUUUAAGCGGGACACUAUUAUCAAGCCAAGUGCCAACAUACCGAGAUGAAGGAGGUGGAUAUCUCGGAGUUGGAAGAGGUCUUAGCAUCUCACAUUCAAAAGAUUACGCAUUCCCAGAGGAUGGUAAGCCUGUUGUUGAUGGUUCUCUUACAGCAAUUGUGGCUAGUGACGAAGAGCUAAGGGGCAGUUACAACUGGGACUAUCUCCUCGACUGGUGCCCUCAGUUUCAGCCUCUGGCUAAUGUCUUCACAGAAAUAGCUCGGUUGAAAGAUGAAAACGCACCACCUAGCCAUCGGCGGCCAUUUCAUUCCAAAUCCAAGACUGAUCCCAAGCCCAGAAUUGACCCGCCUCCUCUUAUUACCUCAGUAGCGCACCCAGGGGCCAAAACUGUUCUGCCAAAACCUGCUGUAGGCCGAACAUUUCCCCACUUGUCUUCACUGCGAAGAUCUCCAAUUGACCAUGACGGUUCAGUUUCUUCAAUAGCAAUGUCUCCGAAUUUCUCGCCUUCUCUUUCGCCACUUGCAGCCCAUUCCCCAGCCAUCUCUACUUUUGGGGUCACACAGGGUCACUCUUCGUCCAUUCUUAAUACAACUGAGCACUCAUUGGAACACAUUGAGGAAGCAGAACUGAGAAUAUAACCUCUUAUUGCUCACCAGAAAGCGUUCUCUCCUGACUCGUGUACUAAAAAUGUCUCUGGCGUAGUUUUAAAUAUCAUGUUGCCCCACUGGCUGGCCAGAGGUUUCAGAAUGUGGUGUUUUUUCACCCUCCAUCAGACUUAUUGACUUGAGUUCUGAAAACAUGGCUAUUAUAUAAUGCUGUUCUUACGAUCAUGAAGAUCAAAUGACUUUUUCGCCCAACAUUUGCACAUUUAUAAGGACAGUUAUUGUUGAUGUCAAUGUUUUGUAAGAGGAAACACUUUUGUAUUAUAUAUUUUUGUACUGAUGUUUUUUUCAAGCGACACAUGUCAAACGGUUGCUAUAACCUGUGUUUUGUUGACAUACAUUUAUAUUUGUAUAUACGUGACAAUAUGUUGGUUAUGAGAGUUUGUUUUAGUUUAUUAACAGUUGCCACUCUAAUGGGUUCAAAGUGUGUUCAGUAUUAAGCUCUUAAAUAUUUGGGAAAUACGUUUUAUUGUCAGUAUUUAUAUAAAAAUUUCUGCAAAAUGUCAAUGUACACAGACUUUGGAAGACUAUGCUAUAGAAUUCUCACAGUUAUAUUUACAUGCUGCUUGCCCUUCUCUUAAGCUUAAUGGGGUGAGCUUAACUGAAGCUCAUUAAAAUAAACAUACUAAGAAAUUUUUUUUUGUAAAUUUAGAUUUUGAAAAUUGCAGGUAUUUUAAAAGUGUAUACCAUUUAUUUGAAGGUUUAUUUGUACAUUUAAGAUAGGACUGUCAAAAGAAUAAUCGCGAUUAAUCGUAUACAAAAUAAAAGUUUGUGUUUGCAUAAUUUAUUUGUGUGUGUAUUGUGUGUAAUUAUUAUGUAUAUAUAAAUACACACAUGUAUAAAUGUAAGAAAAAAUUGAUUUAUGUAUAUAUUUUUUUAUUUUAUAUAUAAUAUAAAAUAUAGCAAAAUAUUAAUAUUAAACAUGUAAAAACAUUUUUAAAUACAUACAAGCAUGUGUGUGUGUAUUUAUAUAUACAAAAUAAUUACGCACAAGGCACACACAUAUAUUAUUCUAAAACAAACUUUUAUUUUGUAUGCGAUUAAUUGCGAUUAAUCAUUUGACAGCCCUAAUUAUUUGUUACUUAAGUAAAACAACUGUAGCUUACAAGUGCUGGCAGUCCAAGAAAACAGCCUGAUAAUAAUUAAAAAGUUAAACAAAAAUAAUUAUUAAAGCUAAGCCUUACAAACAUUAUAAAGUAACUGGAAGUAUUAUUUGUCCAUAUUGUAGCAUCUUUCCAACAGAACUGUGGUUAAAUAAUUGGUUUUACUCAAUAUUUUGUUUUUAUAUUGUUAGGGAAACCGUAUUUGUUUGAAACACUGAUAGUUUGAUUUUAUUUGGAUUUGGUUAGCUUUGUUGCUCCAGUGUAUAGUACUUCAGACUAAACCAUGGGGACAUCACAUAAUUUUUGAUCAAAAGAUUGACAAGAUUAAUGUGUAGCAUUUUACCUUACUUAAGUGAUUGUGAAAUGUGUUUUCGUAGGAUGUGUUUUCUCAGAAUAUGUAAAUCAUACAAAAUGAUUAUGCUGCAUUUUUUUUUUGACUCAAAGUUUAUUCUGAGUUCCUUAACAAAGGCUCGAUUUCAUAAUGAUGAAGAUCCACAGUGCCUUUCAAAGUAAAUGAUUCUUGUAAUAAGUAAUGUAUAGGUUUGUUCACAUCCUUAAAAUCCGAAGAACAUUUACCUGUUAUAGGUGUAAGAUUGAUGCCCAUCAUGUUUUUGAGCUUAAUUUCCAGGGGUCUCUCCCUCUUUAUUUCAUUUUAUUUAUGGCAGAUAUUGUUUUUGUUUUUUACACAAACAAAUCCUCAGUCGUAUUAACUGUGAAAUGUGUUAUAUUCAUGCUGACUUGAAGGAAAAUAAAUAAUGUUCACUUGUUCACAGUGUUUGACAAAAAAAGGUUUCUCAAAAUGUUUCUCACUGUUCAUGAAUAAAUCUGUUUACAUUACUUUCAAAUAGCACUGUGGUCCCUACAAUGGCCAUGUAUUUGUUUUACCUUUGUAUCAGGUACUCCAAAGGGCAUUGAUAUAAUU